UCGCGGUUGCGCCCAGACACUCGUUGCCCUGCGCUUGACGACUGGAUCACCCACAUUGAGGCGAUUAUGAAGCGCGCACACGAGAGUUUAGCCGACUCCCAGACUCGCAUGGCCGCACGAGCGAACCGAUCACGAAUGGAUCAUCCAUUCAAAGUCGGUGACGAUGUGCUCGUCGACGCAUGCCACUUACAGCUCGAAGCAGAUAUGCUUCGCAAGUUCAGGCGUCGUUUCUUCGGUCCAUGCCGCAUCCUUGAGGCCGUCGGCUCUGAUACUGCCGCUAGUCCGGUCAGCUUCCGUGUGAAGCUACCUGAUUACCUUCGACAGGCUCGCGUACACGAUGUUUACCACGUCUCCUUGCUGCGUCCUUAUCGCAGACCGUGCGAGCGCUUCGCCGGACGCCCUUAUGAGCGCCCUCCACGUAUCAUGGUGGACGGUCACGAGGAGUUCGUUGUUUCCGACAUCGUAUCACGCCGAGUUACCGACGAUAUCCCUCCACGCAUCGAGUACCUUGUGCGUUGGAAGGGCUACUCUGAUGAGGAGGCUACUUGGGAGCCCCUCGAGCACUUGCAGCACGCCAGGAUGUUGGUGCGUGCAUAUGAUCGUGCUCGUCGUGCUGGGACAUCUGCUUCUACUCAGCCGACUGACCCUCCUCCUCCUCCUCCGGCUGAGGAGAUCGCUGAGGAUGAGCCCGCUCCCUCUGAGGUCAUUCCUCAGCUGCAGAUGGUCGCCUCCGAGCGUCCACAACGCACUCAUCGUCGCCCUUCACGUUACGAUGACUGACACUCUUAUCCUCCAUCUUUCCCCACUGACUCACACCAUCAGGUACUCCAUCAUCAGCUCUUCUUCAGGAUGUUAGCGUUUUGCGGCUCUGCUUCGACAUCGACUUGACUGCUACUUCAUCGACGUCAUCGACCGAUUCGACGACUUCAGCUACCUUAUCGGCUUYAGCUAYUUUGGACGUGACUACUUCACGCCACCACCCUACCCUGUACAUUCCCUUGCAUCUGUCGCAUGAUGGUUCUCACUUAGGUGGGUCUCUUUGAGUUGGGCUCUCCCUUGGUAUCGCAUAGGCAUUGGGACCGUAGCGUUAUCUUGGCUUCCCUGCUCCCAGAUCUAGCUCCUUCCUCCCCCAGUCG